CAAGAUUUUGGUUGUACUUUCUAAGACGACGAACUACUGCGAUCCACGACAAUCGACUACCAAGAUGCCGAAGGAAGUCAAGCAAAAGAGCGGCAUUGCCGUCGGUCUGACCAAGGGCCACAAAGUCACCCCAUACCAGCCAAAGCCCAAGGUCUCAAGAACAAAGGGUCACCUCUCGAAGCGCACAUCGUUCGUCCGCGAGAUCGUGCGUGAAGUCUCUGGCCUCGCACCUUAUGAACGCCGCGUCAUCGAAUUGUUGAGGAACAGCAAGGACAAGCGCGCAAGAAAGCUGGCGAAGAAGCGGCUCGGGUCAUUCGGCCGUGCGAAGAGAAAGGUGGACGAGAUGACCAAGAUCAUCGCCGAAUCGAGAAGGGCUGGUCAUUAAAUAGAGACGCUAUUCUUCGCGUUCGCUAAUCGAGGACCUGUCGCGGUCCUGUCUUGUCUUGGUCAAAGAUGAGGAGGAGAGGGGUGUGAGUUCGCUGACUUGACAAACAUCAAUCACACGGGUCGGAGUAUGGCAACUGGCAAGUGCUUCUUCCUUCAUAUAUGAAAGGGCUGUAUGGCAUAGCAUAGCUACAUUAGCUCGUGCGAGAGAGAAAAAUGCAAAUGGCAUGAUUAUGGCUGCAAACGCUUUCUUGUAGUACUCAAAGUUUGAUUCAUGUUCUCCUUCAUA